AUGCAUUUCACACGUCUCAUUCUCAUGGCCGGCAUGGCCUUUGCAGAACUGUCUCGCGGGAUAAACCUCAUAGAACAUGGGGCCACCAUUGCAAGUCCUGGUGGAAUCCAAGACUUCAUCAUCACCAGAGACAACACUCUCAACGGCACAUACCACCAUCGUGUCGCGCUAACCAAGUCGUCAAACGCUCUCACUCUACCAGUGAAGCUUGUCAACCAGUUUGACGACGGCCAAAUCAAUGCCUACAUCCAAGGUCUAGACAAGAAUGGCGCCAUUGUCUUCGUUACUGCAGACGGCGGCCUCAUAUACCCAAGCUCUGGCGGAUCUCGAGUGCCCGUCGAGGUCCGUCAAGACCUUGCUAUACCUUUGCCUGCUCUACAUGAAUCCAUCACUAUCAACAUCCCCAUUCCUCUGAACUCGGGAAGAAUUUACUUCUGUCAGGGCAAUCUUACUUUUGCCAUUCUCGAUCGGGGCAAUGGAGAAGCACUCGUGCAGCCCUCAAUCAACCCUGGGGAUUCGAAUGCUUCUCUCAACUGGGGGUUCAUAGAACUGACGUUCCCCCAGGAUGGAUCAAUCUACGCCAAUAUCAGCUACGUCGACUUUGUCGGACUCGUCCUCAGCAUGGUACUCACGACCACAAAUAGAGGUGGUACUCAAAUCACCCGUGGACUUCAUGCCGACGCCGUUUCCAGGCUCUGCCAAGGCCUCCGAGCCCAGAGUCUCAAAGACGACCACCACUGGCUCGGAAUGUGCGUCACGAAUGAGAGCGGUCGUCCAAUCCGAAUCAUCUCCCCAAACUACUACCAUCGCAUCCAUGAAGAAGCCUUCAAAUACUAUUGGACAGGCUACGUGGAUGAGGUUUGGGAGCACUAUUCAAGGACGCCCCUCAUCAUAGACACCCAAAGCGAAUCCGGCAAUGUCACAUGUCAAGUCACCGGCGAUGUCCUCCGCUGCGGCAACGACCCUUUUACAUACUCCAAGCCCUCAGCGGCCGACAUCUGGGGUUGCAACAGCGGUCCCUUUGCUCGACAUGAGGACGAAACCGGCAUUCACCUUGCGGUGAUCCCCCGUCUCUGCGCUGGAUUCGUACGUUCGACGCUUCUCCUCGAGGGGGGACACGUACAGCCCAGCUUGAACUCGAAUUAUCACUACACCGUCAGCCCCACACAUCAUUACAGCCGUCUUGUGCAUGAACUGCAGAUUGAUGGCAGAGGCUACGCGUUUUCAUACGACGACGUCAAUCCUCGUGGGGACGAGAACGCUUCGGGCACAGUUGCUGCUCCGAAUCCAGAUCUCCUGACGAUUUAUGUGGGCUCUCCGCCGACAGAUGUAUGA